AGACAGCAUCAAUCCAUAAAGUAGUUAACUAUUGGUCUGAUCAGUGGAACGACUUAGAACAGUCUCCAACUCUAUACUCAUCCUUUACUGCACCGCUAAUCCGGGAACUCAACAUUACUUUUUUCAUUGGUUUCAUUUGUUUUCUUCAAACCCUACUUCCUACCUCACACUUGAACUGCUAAUGACAUUUUUAUCCCAACUUUCAUGUUUUUUACGUCGAUAAUGUCUUUUCAGUGUACUUUUGUCAAGUUUGGUAAAUUUUGUAGCAGUUUAGGAGUUAUUAAGUCUCCCUUCGAAUAUGAUUAUACCUAUCCAUGGACCAAAUGGAGAAGCAAAUGAAUGGGUGAUGAUUGAAUUACAAGGUGAUGUUUUGAGCAAAACGAAUAGUCCAUUAGCAGGGAGAAAUUUGGGUGAUUUACAUUUUUCCAAACAGACUGGUGAUCCAAUUCUCCUUAUUGGUCAUCAUGUACUUUUCGGGAAAGUAGUUGCUCUUGAGAAGCCCAUGCUUGUUACAAGGAAAAGCACUAUAUCUGGAAGUAUGCAGUAUGACGUUGUUUCUGUUAUUCGGCGUAAAUUAUUGUUUAAAACACGACCUAAACCGAUCAUCUCAAGUGCUUCAAAAAAAGUUUAA